AUGGCAGACCAUUACGGUUCUCCAAAUCAUGAUGGCCAAGCUAUCGAAUCUCAUUCUCCCGAGAAGAUGUCCAUUGGAGAAUAUGCCAGGACCCGAGUUUCUACACUUAAGCCUCCUAUGCACCAAGCUCCAAAUCCCUUCAGACUUUUGGCUAUGUUGAGUGGAAAACAAUGGCUAUUCUUCCUGGUUGGAUUCAUUGCCUGGACCUGGGAUGCGUUCGAUUUCUUCACCGUCAGUCUCACAGUCUCGGAUCUUGCAGAGGAGUUCGAUAAGACCACUACGGACAUCACAUGGGGUAUUACAUUAGUCCUUAUGCUGCGAUCUGUUGGAUCUAUCCUCUUCGGUCUCGCAGCAGAUAGAUACGGUAGAAAAUGGCCCUUCAUCGUCAACAAUCUUCUCUUCAUCGCCCUCGAACUCGGUACCGGUUUCUGUCAAACCUAUAAGCAAUUUCUCGCAUGCCGAGCUCUGUUCGGUAUUGCAAUGGGUGGAUUGUAUGGGAACGCAGCCGCCACUGCGCUCGAAGAUUGUCCCGAAGAAGCUCGUGGUUUGAUUUCUGGUAUGCUUCAACAAGGAUACGCCUUUGGUUAUCUUCUCGCUACAGCUUUUGCAAGAGGCUUGGUAAAUACCACGAGUCAUGGAUGGAGACCUCUGUUUUGGUUCGGGGCUUGCCCACCUGUUCUCAUCAUUAUCUUCCGUCUUUGCCUUCCCGAGACAGAUGCAUAUAAUGAGCGUAUGCUCGUUCGAAAUGAAAGAGGUAAUAUCGGAGCCACUUUUAUUGCCGAAGGAAAAGUCGCUUUGAAGGAGCAUUGGCUCUUGUUGAUCUACUUGGUACUUUUAAUGGCCGGUUUUAACUUCAUGUCCCACGGUUCCCAAGAUCUUUACCCCACCAUGCUCAAGAAUCAAUAUAACUUCUCACCCAAUGCCAUCACCGUCAUCCAAGUCGUCGCCAACCUGGGCGCCAUGACCGGCGGUACAUUAAUCGGCUACUGUUCCCAGAUCUUCGGCCGUCGCUUCUCCAUAAUUUUCAUCUCCAUCAUCGGAGGUGCCAUCCUCUACCCAUACACCUACACCUCCUCCAGCGCCGUCAUCGCCGCCGCCUUCUUCGAACAAUUCUGCGUGCAAGGUGCCUGGGGCGUCAUCCCCAUCCACCUCAUGGAGCUGUCCCCCGGCUCCUUCCGCACCUUUGUCGUCGGCACCGCCUACCAACUCGGAAAUCUCGUAUCCUCAGCGAGCUCCACCAUCGAAGCCCAACUCGGGGAAAAAUUCCCUCUCCCGCCUAAAGGUAAAACGGCUCGCUUUGAAUAUGGAAAGGUCAUUUGUAUUUUCAUGAGUUGCGUGUAUGUAUAUGUGAUUCUGUUGACGUUUGUGGGGCCGGAGUAUUUGAAGAGGAGUUUUGAUGUUCAGCAAGAUAGCGAUUUGGCAGCGGCGGCGGGUCAUGAUACGAUUGAGAAGAGUAUGAGGAAGAUGCGGGGGAAUGGGGGGUUAGAGGGAGAGUCGGCGGAGGAUGUAAAUGUGGGGGGUUUGGAGAAGGGUAAUGCGAGGGAGGUUGAAUAA